AGGCGCGGCGCCGGGGCCGGGCCGAGGGCGGUGGAGGCCUUGCCGUGCCGGGCGGUAUGAUCGGCACCGUGCUCUGCUAUGUGCUACUGCCGGCGGCGCGGCUCCUCCGGGCCCUGCAAGAUGGUUUCUUUACCUGUCGAAAGAAUGUGCUUCUGGCGAAGAGCCCGUCCACCCAGAUAGAAGGUGUCUUUGCUGCAUCCAGAGGAAGAUCGGUCUCAGAAGAGCAAGAAGCCCUUCUCCAGCAGUGUUUGGAGGAAGGAGCAGGGAAUUUGCCAGCCAGUGAGAGUGUUCCAGCAGUGGGGAAAGUAUCAGUUACAGUCACUAGUGGCUGGUUAGAAGGUUCAGAGCUAUUGAUGACUAGCCUCAGAGAACUGAAUUCGUCUCCAGAAGCCACACCGUGUGCUGAUCAGCAGCUCUCAGAAGCAGCCUUGGCUUCUUCAGAACUGCAAGAUCAUGCAGUGGCUGAACAGGCAAGAUUACCAGCAGAGGAAACAGUGACUGUAGCAGACAGUGCCCCUUGGGCAGCUGUGGUGCCACAGACAGAUCAGCAGAUAGCUGGCUGUGCUGGUAUCAACGCAGAAGUGCUGAAUGAUGACCCAGCUGUGCUGGCCUGGAGUUUAGCGUGUGAUGCAGAGACUGUGCCAGCAGAGCUCCCAGCCCAUCCCAUUCAGGAUGCAGUACCAUUUUGUCCUGUCCUGACAGAGGUGCCCUACCAUGAGAUUUUAUGGAGAGACUGGGAGGAUCUUUCUGUCCGGCCCUGUGUCCUAGAACAGGUCUCAAAAAACACUCCUCUCUUUGAAUUUCGAGUCAUGUCUUACAACAUCCUUGCCCAGGACCUGGUGGAACAGGGCCUUGAUCUCUAUGUACACUGUCAUCCAGAUAUCCUGAACUGGAACUACCGCCUUCCAAACCUUUUGCAAGAGAUCCAGCACUGGAAUCCUGAUGGUUGGUAUGUUCUUUGUCUCCAGGAGGUACAAGAGAACCAUUACUGGGAGCAACUGGAACCAACAUUCAAGGAGAUGGGCUUUGCAUGCUUCUACAAACGGAGAACUGGGACGAAGACAGAUGGAUGUGCAGUGUGCUAUAAGCACAGCAGGUUUCAGCUGAUCAGCCUCAGCCCUGUAGAAUAUUUCCGUCCUGGCCUGGACAUCCUCAAUCGGGAUAAUGUGGGCUUGGUGCUGCUGCUACAGCCUGUGCUCCCAGAGGGCCUAGAUCUGAAGGCCAUCAGUCCUUUAUGUGUGGCCAACACUCAUGUGUUGUUCAAUCCACGCCGAGGAGAUAUCAAACUAGCCCAGGUGGCCUUGCUCCUAGCAGAGAUUGACAAAAUUGCAAGAACUACUGAAGGCAGCUACUAUCCUGUCAUCUUGUGUGGAGACCUGAACUCCGUACCUGAUUCUCCACUCUACAAAUUCAUCCGGAAUGGUGAACUUUCCUACCAUGGGAUGCCAGCCUGGAAGGUGUCUGGUCAGGAAGACUUUUCCCAACAGUUGUAUUCACGUAAACUGCUGGCCCCGCUGUGGCCAAGCUCACUGGGUGUAACAGACAACUGCCAGUAUGUCACCCAGUGCCAGCCAAAGAAACUGGGGAGACGUGAAUACAGCCGUGACUUCCUGCUACAGUUUCGUUUUUGUGAUGUUGCCUGUGAACGACCCGCACACCUGGUGCUCUUGGAAGGUGUGACAGAUGUUAAACCAGACCGCCCUGCACACUGGCCCAAGCCUGCUGCCAUGGUGAAAGACCCUGAUCCCCAGCCAUUCAUCCCAAGGUGUUCAGGUGUUAUCCAGCAUGGCCUCAACCUGACCUCUGUCUACAGCCACUUCCUGCCACAGAGGGGACGCCCAGAGGUCACAACGAUGCCCAUGGGGCUUGGAGCCACUGUUGAUUACAUUUUCUACUCAGCAGAGCCCGUGGAGAACAGGGCAGGUCGCAGGCUAUACAAGGAUGGAGCCCUGAAGCUGCUUGGCCGCCUUUCCCUGCUCUCUGAAGAUGUCCUGUUGAUGGCAAAUGGCUUACCAAAUCCUUUUUGUUCAUCUGAUCAUCUCUGCCUGCUGGCUAGCUUUGGCUUGGAGAUUUCCAGCCUGAGAGAGAGUUAGUGUUGGUUCCCUUUCCCUAAAGAAAGGCUGUUCUGAAUACAGCAGUUGACACUCUGGAUUGCACAACCUGCUUGCAAGAAAACUCUUCUUUAUCAUGCCCUAAAAGUCUCUUCCUCCCCUCACACCCUCACUAAAAGCAGGGAUGGGAGAGUUGGAGUGCUUUUUGCAUUGGUAUUUUCUGGAUCUCUGCGACCCUGAGCUGUCUUCCCAGUGGGCUUCCAGUUGCAUUCAGGCAUUACCAUCUCUUAAAGGGAUCCUUGUUCCACUGCUUUGUUUAGCAGGUGUUUUUGUGCUGCAGGAACCAACAUAACUCUCAUGUUUAUUUGUCCCUGUGUGAGAUCUUCAAGGAGCUGGAAAAGAGAAGGGCAGUGCUAUCCACUUCUAGUUCGUUAACUGCUACCAAGGAGCAUGGGAUGUGUACACCAAUAUUCUUUUACACCAAAACAAUAGUUCUUUUAAUUUCUCAGUGAUAGUUUAUGAAGUAUGGUCGUUUCAGGGCUAGUUGUUUUGUUGCCUUUUAGAAUGUUGGAUCUGCUAACUGCUUAGAAAUGUCUUUUACUUAAUAAUGUGUAAAGGCUGCCUUGCUGACAGAAGGGUUUGUGUGGUAUAACAGUUUCUACAAGAAACUGCUUGCUGUGACUAAUGGACCAGGGAAUGGGAUUGCCAGGAAGGGAGCCAGGGGUUCUACAGAGCCACCCACAGCAGCUCUAGAAUGGCAGCAAAAGGCUAGAGGCCUUGGGGAAGAUUCCAUUCCUUUCUAUAGCAGUCUCAGAAUUGUACCUAGUUUGGCAGUUGUAGGAAAAAUAUUUAGGAUCCUCCCAGUGAAUAUCCAGUGGAAAAAAAUCACCCUGUAAGGCAUGACAACCCCAGAAGGCUAACUCUGGAGGUCCCAAAAGAGAGAUGAAAAUGGAAGGUAUGUGAGAGGCAGCAGAGGCAUCAGAUGGAAGAGCUGGUACUCGUCAUUUGCCCUACUCUUUCUCUGUGCACUCCCAUUCAGCCAGGGGUCCAUAGCCAACCUGUAGCAUCCACCUGUGCCAGACUGAAGUUAUUGCUCCUUCCUUCCUCUGGCCCCAGCCAUGUUUUGAUAGGUAGAACUCUUAGGACUGACUCCUGUCUCUUGACAGGCAUUGGGAGAAGGGGUAAGGCUGUGUAACUUGGAGCCAGAUUGUCAGUCGUUUGGAUCCCAGUGUACCUUUGGUGUCCUAUCAGUGUGCUUUUCUCAGCAGUGGCUUGGCCAGUACAAAAGCAGUAGAACUGUACUUGUUUCUAGAGUAAAUUCCCCAGUUCAGCCUGACAUUUGGUCCUCAGUUUUUCCCUAAGAGAUGAGACCAAUACUGGCAGAAAUAUUAUCAAUCAGUCAUUCACAAACGAGGCAGGAAAUCUGGUCCCACCUCAGGUUUUUGUGGGAAGGUACAAGGAGACUUGAAAUUUUGUUCUUUCUCCCUGGUCUAUAUUGAAGACUUUCACAUUUUAAAUGUUACUUCCUUUAUUGAAAAAUAAAAUAAUCUAAGAAAAAACCUGCAAACUAAUGACAGCACCUUGGACUUCUGGCAGCUGAACCCUCUGAAGACUUGCUCAACAAGGUUUUGCUGGCUGAGAUGUGAAAGAGAACAGGAAAAAAUUAGCUAUACAAGAUAGUAGUAAUGAGGGUUGAAGAGAGGGAAGAAGGGAAGAAGUGAGCUUAGUUGUUGUCUCCCAGCACAUCCCGAAAUCCCAGAGUUGGAGAAGAGCUGGUUUUUCUGGCAUCAGGCUUGUCUUGCAAAAAAAAAAUUAAAUAAAAAAUUCAGGAACCCUUGCUCUCCUCCCAGAGAAAGAAAGUACUGCUGAUCGUUUACAGAUCUCUUCUGUAAACUGUACAAAAACAAGGGCAGGGUGUGGGGAUUGUGUUCUGUGCCCUUACGAGUAUCUAAGACUGCAUAUUCCCUUUGUGCCCCUGCCAGAUGGUGUGGUAUUUGUCUGGUGAUGUGUCAAUGGCUUUUGCUACCCAAUUGGGAGUUUCUCUAAGUGGGCAGCAAUCUUGAGGGUGAAUAAUUUUGCAGCUUUGUUUGCCCUUACUUUGACAAGUAAUGGUUCUGGCAUGGCACUGGUAUAUGGGGAGGGAUGCAAAGCUGUGGAUUUCUAUUGCUAUGUUUAUCUGACAGUUUCAUUAACUUCUGCAAGCACUCUUAUUCUGAUUUUGUCAGUGGUUGUAUUUGUAAAGGGAGGGUAGGAAAGGGUGAACUGAGAGCUUUAUUUUCUGCCAGGCUCCAAAAAAGGCUGCCAGAAGGCAGCCUGGUUGCAGAUGACUCCCACCUGCUGUUAACACUGUAAUAGGAAGCUUGGAAGACACUAAAAGUUUAAAAACAACCAACCAAAAGCAAAACAAAAAAUGCUGUGACACAUGGUGUUGGCACUUAAAAAUUUAGCUAUCUGCUUCCAUUUUAAUUGCUGGCUAGUCUGAUGGUCAGUUGAUGGGGGGGGAUGUGAAAGCUGUCUGCCCCACCUAUUAAGACCCAUAAGGUGUGCACAGUGCACCAUCACAUGAACUGGUUGCCCCUGCACUGGCUGAAGCAGCCUGCCAAUCCUGUAAUGUAAUUCCAACAUCACAAGUGCUUUUCCCGUUUUAUUUAAAUCAAAGACUUGACUUUUGGGCAACUUGCAUGAAGGCAUCUCAGGGAGGUUGUAAGCUUCCAGCUAUAUUUUGUUGGAAAAUCCAGUGUUGUGCAGGUCAAGCUAAUGCUUCCUCUUUCCAUGCAUGAAAUAAUUGGUAUGUACUUGGAAUGAAUGAUUAAGUUGCUGAACACUGGAUAUUGGAGUCAUGUGCUGAGAAAUUGCAGAACAAUGCCUGCAAGUCCCCUUAUUUGUCUCUCUGAAGGUUAUAAAGCUCCCACAGGGACUUGCAGCUCCCAAAGCCCUGGCUUACAUAUGCUCCCUUGGGCACUUAUGGGUGAAACCAUUGCUAGUGACUGCAUACAGACACAAAGGCAGAGUUGAAGUCUUGAUCACUGUGUUUAUUUUGACCACUGCCCCUGAAGCUCUAGUAUAGACCCCUAUAGAAUUGGCCUGUUCAGGAAGGAAAACCCCUGUGUUCUAGAGCAAUUUGGAGUUUAUAUCAAAUGGAUCUGGAGACCUGUGAAUGCCUCUGACUGUGGGGGACUAGAGAAGUUUGGAGGUGGGGCAGGUAGAAGGUUCCUAACUCUAAAAUAGCAGCUAGUGUACGUAUAGUUGUUGGGAGAAAAUAAAAUGUUUUGUGAUGCUUUAAGAAUAGCAUCCAGUGAUUUAAUUAGAGCCUGUGGUAAUGAGCAUCAUGGCAUGCAUAACUGAGAUUCCAGAUGUGGUUCUUAACACUGUUUCUGGACCUAAAUGCAUGACUAGUUGCCAUUAACACAGGUUUCUGAUGAAUUACAAAGGGAUCUGUAAAUUAUUAUGGAAGUGGAACAGCAGGAAUACCUGCAAUGCUCAGAAAGGGAAGUAUCAUAGAGGUAGUUACCAACUACAUCAUGUUAGUAGUGAUGUAGAGCUCAGGGAGACUGGUACUUAGGGGAGGUGACGCCAGAGACCACUGGAGUAUGUGUACAUCCCCUGUUAGCAGUCUCCUAAGCUGCAGGAGCAUGCAGCUGUACAGGCAACACAUUUGACAAAGUACCUUUGCUAAAAAACAGCUUAGUUUGCACCGCAGCUGCUAGGCUGUAUUUAGUUAUGCUAUUCAGACAGAAAUUGGACUUCCUUUGUUUUCUCAGAGUUUUAAGUUCAUCACUUCAGGAGGUUGCCCUUUAUAAUCAGUUUUCCCAAUUACAUGGAAUGGGAAGAGUGGUAAACAAUAUAAUUGCUCUAGCUUCUUUCCUUUUCUUAAUAAAUGAAACUUGGCUGCUGUUUGA